AUGAUGGAGCGGACACCCAUCGACAAUGACACGCGAGGCUGGAUCCUCUGCUUCGUGAGCGGUGCAGCUUGCGUUCUAGGUUCCAGCGUAAUAUGCGUCGACUUUUUGAUUCGUCUGCUCCCGGGCCACAGCAGCUUCAGCAUAAACCGCAGCAGCGUCUUUCUUGCCAGCUCGUUAAGUCUGAGUUUCGGCGUCAUGCUCUUUUCCGCCCUUUACAGCAUGCUUCCCAAUGCAAAGGAAUACUUUAUCGAGGCUGGCUACGGCAGCCAAGCAGCCGGCACGGGGCUAGCCAAAGCUCGCGAGCCCGACGUCGCAGAGGUUGCGCCCGCGAGCCCCGCCCCCACCGAGCCAGCAGACCCUCCUCGCGGAGCAGCGCCGUCGACGUCGAGGAAUGCUGCCCCGCCACCCCUCCUCGCCCCCGAGGACGUCGAGGCGCAACACCACCACCACGUGCCCACCAACGCCUUUCUCUCCCUCGGCCUGCAGACCUCCAUCGCCAUCGCCCUCCACAAGUUCCCCGAAGGCUUCAUCACCUUUGCCACCAACCACGCCAACCCCACCCUCGGCUUCAACGUCUUCAUGGCCCUGUUCGUCCACAACAUCACCGAGGGCUUCACCAUUGCCCUGCCCCUCUACAUGGCCCUCGGCAGCCGCGCCAAGGCCAUGCUGUGGGCCUCCAUCCUCGGCGGCCUGAGCCAGCCCCUCGGCGCCGCCGUCGCCGCCCUGUGGUUCCGCCUCGCCCGCAAGACGCACAUGGCCCCCAACACCGCCGUCUACGCCGGCCUCUUCGCCAUCACCGCCGGCAUCAUGGUCAGCGUGGCUCUACAGCUGUUCGUCGAGAGCCUGAGCCUCAACCAUAACCGGAACCUCUCCACCUUUUUCGCCUUUCUCGGCAUGAUUGUUCUCGGGCUGAGCAACUCCCUCGUUGAGUCUGAUUAA